GUCACACUGAUGUUCGCCAUGAGCUGAUAACCUAAAACUAAAAAAUUGCAUUAUUAUUAAUUAAAUACAUACGACGCCGAACCGACCCAGUUUUUGAGAGGUGCCUUUGGUGCAUUGCGAAAGGGUCGCGGGCGCACAUGGGCCGCCAUGCCAGCUAAGCGAAUGACCGCCACGACAGCAACUACAACGAGGCCACCCCCAACGCCAGUCGCUGGCGUCAGCGGCCACAACAGCACCGCCAGUGGAGCAGGCGCGGCACGUCCCCUAGAGAUGCUGAACGGCAUGACCCGCCUGACACCUGCCAGAGAUCUCACUCUGGGCGGACGUGGUGCAGGCAGCAAAAAGGUUUUCGCCCCCAACUUGAACGCGGUGCGGAAUAAGAACGUCAAUGUGAAAACAUCCAAGGACUUUACGCAGGCACGCGGUGGAAAGCGCGGUGGCCGCGGCACUGCGUCGGGAGCAACACGUGGUCGUGGCGGCAAUUCAACGCUGAUCCAGACCACGGGCGUGUUCUCGGAGGGCGCUGGAGAGGCACAGGUGCGCAGGUCCACGGGCAAUGGCACGGCAUAUGCGCGGGCGAGCGAGGAGCAGGCGGUGACCCGGAAGCGCACCGACCGCAAGGAUGACAAGGCACAAGCGCUGCGAGUUAGGGCGCUGCUGGGCGAGUCCGAUGCCAGCGAGGGCGACGCUUCCGACGCCAGUGAUACCGAGGCUGAUAAGACUGAGCUGGCCCUCAAGCCGAUUGCCCUGAGGGAAGGCCUGUGGCUCACAGAGAAGCCCAUUGUGAAGCAGGAAGAUGCCAGUUUAGGCUCAAAUCAGCAAGACCCGCUCGCCAUGGCCCAGCACUUGCAGCAGCUCCAUGUGUCCGCCCAGACGGCGGUGAUGGAAGAGACACCGCUCCAGUAUGGUCGAUAUCCGCGCAGCAUCGCGGGAUUCCUCGAUGUGCCCCAGUCGCAGAUAUUUCUGAUGCAGCUGCCCGAUGUCCUGCCCUGCGUGACCGAUGAGGCGGAGGAAGGGUCUAGGGACGCACCCAAAAAGGAGGACGUCCCCUCUGCCGCCUCGGAAACCGAGCCCAAAAGUCCCGCUGCUCCAGCCUCCACGGGUGCGCCCAGGCCAAGUGUGCUGCGGCAGCUGGAGGAGGGCCAAAUCGGCAAGAUACUUAGGUAUCGAUCGGGACGUGUCAAGCUGCUGCUGGGCGACACGCGCUUCGACCUGGACAUGGGCCUGGAGUCGGGCUUCCUGCAGGAGCUCAUGUCGGUGACUGCCAAUCGCGAGCAGCGCAGCGGCAACAUGAUCAACCUAGGCCCCAUUCAGGCCAAGAUCAAGGCCACACCCGACUGGGUGCAUCUUUUCGAGCAGCAGGACGCAGCCAAGCGUAGUGUCAGCACAGCCCCCAGCACAUCCAUGCGGCCACCGACUACGUAGCAUUGCUGGAACGGAUGCUGCCAUCCCUUUGUUAAUUUUGCAUGCUAUCAUCGAUCUUCUGUUCCUCGCCCCUCUGCUAUCUUCCCGUGUUUCCUUUUUUAGUAGAUUAUUAUGUAAUAAUAUGUAUAUAGGCCGUGCCUCAGUCUUAAGUUAAUCUAAAAACCCCCCCUUAGUUGUGCAUAAAAGGUAAACUAUAUUGAGAUUUUAUAAAGUGAA